CUAACUUAUAAUAUCACUUUCAAAAAUCUUAUAACUCCCAUAAUUUUUGUUUUUAUAGACACAAACAUGAAUAUUUUCCUUCUGCUGUGUGUCAUCCUACUUGCAGGUUUUGAAGCUGAAGCAUUAUCCUAUGAUCAUAGUGCCAGCAUUGAAUGUUUGGCACACCCGCAAAAGCCUCAGUAUAAUGGUGGAAUCAUUAAAAAUCCAGAACUGAAUGAUGGACUACAAGGAUGGACAGCAUUUGGGAAUGCAAGAAUAGAACAUAGAGAAUCAUUGGGUAACAAAUAUGUGGUAGCCAAUAACAGAAAUCAACCACAUGAUAGUGUCGCACAGAAAAUUUACCUACAAAAUGGAUUGCAUUAUUCUUUAUCAGCUUGGAUACAAGUGAGUGAGGCGAAUGUCCUGGUAACAGCAAUGGUCAAAACAACUGAAGGAUUUAAAUUUGGUGGUGCCAUUUAUGCUGAGCCGAAUUGUUGGUCUAUGCUUAAGGGUGGUCUCACAGCGGACGCAACAGAAGUAGCUGAGCUCUAUUUUGAGAGCAAUAAUACUUCUGUUGAAAUUUGGAUCGACAACAUUUCCUUGCAACCUUUCACAAAAAAACAAUGGACGUCUCAUCAAGAACAAAAUAUUGAAAAGACCCGCAAGAAGAACGUAGUAGUACAAGCACUUGAUGAACAAGGACGCCCUUUACCAAAUGCAAGAAUAUCUAUUACGAUGAAGAGGUAUGGUUUUCCAUUUGGAAGUGCCAUGAACAAAUACAUCCUGAGCAAUACUGCAUAUCAUUAUUGGUUCGCAUCUAGGUUCACGGUAACCGCAUUUGAAAAUGAAAUGAAGUGGUACACGAAUGAAUAUACACAAGGCAAGGAUAACUACUUUGAAGCCGAUGUGAUGCUACGGUAUGCAAAAAAACACGGUAUUGCUGUUAGAGGCCACAAUAUAUUUUGGGAGGAUCCUCAAUACCAACCUUCUUGGGUACCUUCGCUCUCAGCAGACCAACUUAACAAUGCAGUCGAAAAGAGGAUAAAUUCUGUUGUGUCAAGAUACAAGGACCAGCUAAUUGGUUGGGAUGUUAUUAAUGAAAAUCUGCAUUCCUCAUUCUUUGAAAGUAAACUAGGACAAAAUUUUACAUCGAGGAUGUUUAAUGAAGUUCACAACGUUGAUGGAAACACCACUUUGUUCAUGAAUGAUUAUAAUACUAUUGAGGAUAGUAGAGAUGGUUUAUCAACCCCGCCAAAAUAUAUCCAGAAGAUAAGAGAGAUCCAAAGUUGGAAUAAGCAAUUGCCUCUUGGAAUUGGACUCGAGUCUCAUUUUCCUAAUUUUCCUCCUAACUUGCCUUACAUGAGAGCCUCCCUUGAUAUCCUUGCUGCCACUGGUUUGCCAAUAUGGAUCACUGAAUUAGAUGUUGCAAGCCAGCCAAAUCAGGCAGGGUACUUAGAGCAAGUUCUUAGAGAGGCACACUCUCACCCAGGGAUUCGAGGCAUUGUAAUGUGGACAGCAUGGUCGCCACAAGGUUGUUUUAGAAUGUGCUUGACAGAUAACAAUUUCAAGAAUUUACCUACAGGCGAUGUUGUCGACAAACUGAUUUAUGAGUGGGGGAGAAAAAUAUUAUCAGGGACAACAGACAAAAAUGGGUUCCUUAAGGCCUCCCUUUUUCACGGCGACUACAAAAUGGAAAUUAGUCACUCUGCAAAGAAGAAUUAUACUUUCACUCAUCAGUUACAAGUGCUUUCAAAAGACAAGUCCAAGAAAACAACCCAAUUUAUACAAAUUUCUAUUUAGUUAUUUGCUUCUACAUGGUAAACUUGUUGCUAUGAUGGUGAUGUUUUAUGUUCUAUUUUGUGAUAUUUCAGCUCUGUCAUUACUAUAUCUGCGGGAUUUUCUACAUUUUUAGUUUAUUUUAUUGGUAUCGUCUUUUGUACGCAUUUGUACCGGUAUAAUGGAAAUGAAGGCAGUUUCAACUUAAUUUGAUCUGGCAGUUUAUUUUGUUGGUCUUAUGUCUAUAGUGUGAGCUGAACAUUUGUACCAGUAUAAUGGAAAUUAUGCUUUUGUGAGCAGAUUUAA